UUUUAUCGCUAUAUUUCUGUUCUCUAAGAAAAUAAUACAAUAGUACAGAAGUAGAUUAGAUUUUCAGAAGAAAUUUUCAGAAAAUUUCGAAAAUUUCAAUAAUUUUUUUAAAUAAAAUCCUAAAAUGGCAACUUAUUCGAAUCCACAUUGGUUGCUAUGUCACAUACGGAAUUCGUUUAUAUCCACAGACGAUACGGGAAUGUGUGAGACUGUAAUGGUUAGUGAUGAUCUGCCCAAACACUACCUCAAAAAAUUUCAGGGCAAUGGAACACGUAAUUUCCAGCAGCAGCAACAGAGGCGAUCAAUGAUUGCAGGUCAACAACCUCCACAGCCGUUACAUCAUCGUAACUAUGAUCCGCCACUGCAGGAGGUAGAUUUCAUUUGCUAUCCCGGAUUGGAUCAAAGUGAUGACGAAGAAGUUGACCUAACGGCCCAGUCAUUUGAUAUACAAAUGUAUCCGGAAGUUGGGGCGCAUCGUUUCCGUUCAAAUACGGCACAGAAAUUGGAAGAAAUGGAUAGAGCCCGCCGCAAUGCUGCCCAAACGAAACGUGUCAAUUAUGAAGAUGAUGUUGUGAAACCAGAAAGCAAUGAUUUCUUUCAGCGCAAACCUGUGAAACCUCAACCUCCGCUGGAUACGGAUAAAGGGGAGGGAUUAACUGGUGGCAGCAAAUUGAAAAGUAAGCUAUCACUGAAAUUAGCCAAUAGUCCAAAACAUGUGGAGAACAAGUUUCAAAGAUAUGCCGAGUUCGAUGGUACAUCUCAGAUUGGGGUGCCUGUGAAGAGCAUAAAAAUAUUUAUAAGUAUGCUGCCCGAGAAGGAGAAAAAUUAUCCACUGAAAAUAUGUGUUUUGUCGCAUGCAAAGAUAUAUCAGGUCAUUGGUUUGGUGUGUUACAAAGCUUCCAUUGAAUUUCCGGACUUACCCCUAAAAUCUGUGCGACAUUAUGGCCUGUAUAUGACUGAAGAUAAUGAUGAUUUGGAAGAAUUCCCACCGUUAGAUAAUGAUGAGCCUUUUUCCAAAUUUGGCUUUUCACAUCUUACAUUGGCCGAAAGAAAAAAUGUACCCUCCACAGCCGGCCCCACAAAGUCAAUGACUUCAGAAGACGACAAGGCCCGUUUGGCUGCAAUGGCAAUUAGUUCACACAACAACAGCACAGCUGAGGGUGAUGAUAGGGAUGACGUUGAUGGCAGUCACAAUAAUGUGGUGGCUGAUGGCCGCGUUGAUGAUUUGGAAGAACGUAUUCUAAGUCAAGAUGAUAUGUUGGAGGCUCCAGUUUAUCGCACCUAUACCCUUAAUAUUAUCGAUAAGAAAUUCUUUAAAACUGAAGUAAUUUUGGGCAUAUCUGGCGAGCGUAUCGAAAUCGAUCAGCAUAAACAUGGUAAAUUCUGGACUAAACAACGGGCCGUAACAUAUCCCAUUGAUGCAGUGGCACAUUGUGAAAUUGUCGAAAAACGAACAAUGAAAGCAGUCCUGCGUAUAUGGUUAAAAUCAGCAUCGGCCAUAAAUGCCAUCAACUUAAAUGAUACCAAAUCAGCUGGAUUAAGUGUUACAGCACAUUCACCCACCAGCCCUGGACAUUAUCCACAUUUUUCAUCGCCCUUCAACUUCCUAGGAAGUUCAACAAACACCGCCAGCACAUCAUCAACAUCGCAUCCCACAUCAUCAUCAUCGUCUACACAAAGUAUACGUUUUAAACAUUACGAUUUUGAAACCACACUGCCUACGGCUGAACAAAUAUUCAAAAAACUUAAUUGUAUACUAGAGAUGACCUCAUCGGAGGUACGUCGAGAAUUUCUUAGCAUAAAACAACGUAAAUUGGAAAAGAGUCAAGCUAAAAAGCAUCUCAAAUUGUAGUAUCUAAAAAGUUUCUAUAUGCAAUGCUAUCGAUAUCUGUUGCAUUCCUGUGUAACCGGAAAGUGCAAUGAUAUACAAGCUGUAUUGCCACUGCAAAAAUCACAAUAUCUAAAAUAGUUUUAAGGAAAUGAGGUGGAAUAAAUCUCGGUCAGAAGAAAAUUAAACUGCGGUGCGGUGCCAGCGAUUCAAAUCUAUUAUUUACGAUAAUUUAUUAUGAUGUAAAAUUGAAAUGAACAAUAUAAUGGCAUUUGUCGUAAAACGAGUCAAUAGUUAAUAUAGUAUUUUUCUCAUCCCUGGCAAGAACUUAAGUUAUGGCCUGGCUUUACAAAAAUUGGCUGUAGUUUUAUUUCCUUUGCAAUAAUACUUAUAAACUACAGAUCAUUUCCUAUCCAAGCGACCAAACACCUCUGUCUCAUUUAUGUUUAUUAUAGUAAACUUUUAACACAAAUUCUUAGUUUCAAAGUAAUUGUAAAACUAAACUCAUAAUACAUUUUUUACAAUAAGUUAAGUUUUAAUAAUAAGAUUAAUUAUAUUUUGAUUUCACAAAAAAAAAAAAAAAACAUUACUAAAUUUUAAGAUUAAGUCACUUUAUAAAAGCAAAAUGCAAACAUAAAACUUACAUUAGAUAAAUAUACUUUAUAUUCAUGAGUAUUAACUUCAAAUCUAUUCUCUACAUUAUAAAAUUAAUACAUGAACAACUAAACACCAAUACAAAUGUCUAAUCAUGUCAAAUGCUUGUCAGUGAGAUUGACACACAAAUCGUCUGGGUGAUCUUGAAAAACACAACAAACAGCUCUUAAUAAUCGGAAAUAAAGGCUUAACAAUAUGUUAAUCGUAAAUUUAAAAAUAA